GUGAAUCUGCGCUGCGUUAAGUCCGCUAUAUAAACUGCACUCAGCAUCCACAGCUCCCAGCUUCAGCGGACAGCUCCGUGGUGCUGAAAUCUCAGAGACACCCCACACUCUCUCUCUCUCUCUCACACACACACACUCAAGCAUGACUGGAACCAUGGACGCAUCCCCCUGGAAACUUUUUCUACUUUCUUGCCUGGUUGUUGUGGAGAGCUCCGCGCAAGACUUCGGACAAACGCAGUUUAUUUGCACGUCGGUGCCCAAGGGAAUGGACUUGUGCACGGCUACGAUGCAGAACAGCGGGCCGGCGGAGGACCUGAAGACCACGGUCAUGCAGCUGCGGGAGACCGUGCUGCAGCAAAAGGAGACCAUUAUGAACCAAAAGGAGACAAUCAGGGAACUAACGUCCAAGUUGAGUCGCUGCGAGAGCCAGAGCUUCCCUGCGCCGGCGGGACCCGGCGGGAGGCGGCCGGGGUCGAAGAACACGAUGGGAGAUGUAUCACGGGGCACCACGGACACUCUGGCCCAGCUGGGACAGACUUUACAGACCCUCAAACAGAGACUGGAGAACCUAGAGCAAUAUAGCCGAGGGAAUAACACCGUGCAAGCGAACAGCCUGAAAGAUCUGCUGCAAAACAAGAUAGAUGAUAUGGAGAAGCAGGUUCUGUCCCGGGUCAACACGUUAGAGGAAACCAAACCGGGCACCAGGAAUGACACCGAGCAGCGGAACAGAGUGGAGUCCACGCUCACCUCUCUGCACCACCGCAUCACAGACCUGGAGAAAGGCAAAGACAACAGGCCAACAGAUAAGUUCCAGCUGACCUUCCCCCUGAGAACCAACUAUAUGUAUGCCAAAGCCAAGAGGAGCCUUCCUGAGAUGUACUCCUUCAGCGUGUGUCUGUGGAUCAAGUCCAACGCCUCACCCGGGGUGGGGACACCCUUCUCCUAUGCUGUCCCGGGUCAGGCCAAUGAGCUGGUGCUGAUCGAGUGGGGGAACAACCCUAUGGAGAUUCUCAUCAAUGACAAGGUUGCAAAGCUGCCGUUCCUCAUCAAUGAUGGAAAAUGGCAUCACCUCUGCAUCACAUGGACCACCCGUGACGGGAUGUGGGAGGCCUUCCAGGAUGGAGUGAUGCGGGGCAGCGGUGAAAAUCUGGCGCCGUAUCACCCCAUCAAACCAGAGGGAGUGCUGGUCCUGGGACAAGAGCAGGACACGUUGGGAGGAGGCUUUGAUGCAACACAAGCCUUCGUUGGCGAGUUAGCAAACUUAAAUAUCUGGAAUAGGAAACUUUCUAUUGCCGAGAUCUACAACUUGGCAACCUGCAACAGCAAAGCAUCAGCCGGCAACGUCUUCUCCUGGACGGAGAGCAACAUCGAAAUAUUUGGCGGAGCGACCAAAUGGACCUUCGAGCCUUGCCGUUCGCUCAAUUGAACUGCGUUUCACCGUUCAAGAAAGGCCUCUCUGUAUUUCUGAGCUUUUGUCGUUUUCGUCUUCAUUUGACGUUUGUUAGAGACUAUUUGAUCUUGAGUUAGUGGUAAGCUUAAAUCUGGGAUUUCUAUCAUUCUUAGGUAUUUAUGUGCAAAACAACACUUUUCAUCUUGAGGAAAAAAAAAAUCGUCUUGGGAAACCUCAGUGAGAAAGUAUUGGUAUCUGUUUCUCCUUUUUUCUCUCGGACGUUUGGUUGAAAGCACACCUAAGCUUUUCGUUUUGCUUAUUUCGUCUUGGACUGGCAGCUGGCAAUCUGCGCCUUAUGUUUGGACAAUUCACAAUCCAAGUGAGGAAUUACAUAACCACUCCCACCCCUUUCCCUUUGGAGAGUGGGAGAUUACGCUGUCCGUCCAAUUCUUGUCAGUGUUUGGCGCUGUGAAGUGAUGUCUGACUCGGUACAGCUCCCUGCAACCCCCCUC